GGGGCACGCGCUUUGACCCGCUUUAUCUGUCGCGCUGCGCGUUGCUACGAGCAGACGCCGUCGGCGCAGGCGCUCACAGCCUUAGCGCGCUAGCCGGAGCAUCCCUGCGACUCGCAAGGUCGGUCUAUCCAAGCCAAGGUCUCGUCGGGCUCCCCACGCCGCCAAGAUGCCCCGCGCCAAACAAAAGAAAGCGUCAUGCUCUUUAACGGAGGUCGUCUUCGUCCUUGUAUUAUUAGCCUGUGGUUUCAUGAUCGGCUUCGUCGGCUCUCAUACAUCGUCGGAAGAGGACGCGCCGGUAAGACUAAGGCAGCACCCCGCCAUUCCCCCCAGACACAUCGCGGAGCAGCACUCAAGCGGUCCAUUGAACGCCUCGAUGUGGGGGCACAUCCCACAACCUUUUGAGGGCUACGCGUCAAAGUGCGGCCCGACACCCGAGGAGGGAUACCCAAAAACAGCACCCAUAGCUGAUAUAAUAAAAAACUGGAACCCCGACGCGGGCAAGUGGACUCCAUCACACAUGUACGAGAGCGUUUGUAGAUUUGACUAUGCGACUGAUUUGGACAAAGCCAUCGCUUACAGGGAUGCGGAAGUCCCUUUCCAGUUGUACAACGUGCCGUCCAUGAACGCCGUCGCGCGAGCCUGGAGUGACCCGGCGCACUUAAGAAGAAAAUUGGGAGCCACCACAAAGUACAAGUGCGAGGCGAGCAACCCGGGAGGGGAAGCGAAUUUUGGGGCCAACCACUUCAUGUAUACGAAUGGGAGAUCGUCGAGAAAUCCUCCGAUAAAAAACGUCCAGCUGUCCUGGGACGACUGGCUCCGCAAGAUCGACGAGGCCGUCAACACGAGCGUGUUGGAGCCGAACUCGCGGUUCUACUUCCGGUUCUCCGCGUCGUCGCCGUCGGACGCGCGGUCGGGCUGGCUCUUCAAGGAGCUGCCGUUCUUUCAGCCGAAACCAAAUGUGUUCUUCAAGGACCCGCGCGCGCAACGAGGCAUUCACUGUCGGUUCGGCAUGGAGGGCAUCGUGGCGGAAGCGCACUGGGACGGCUCUAGGAAUACGAUCGCCCAGUUCUAUGGGAGAAGGAGAUAUGUAUUGGUAGACCCCGACCACACGUGCGACAUGUACCUGCUGGCCAAGAACCACCCGUCCGGCAGACAUAGUAAGGUGGACUGGUCGAAUCCGGACUCAUGGGAGAAGUUCCCGGACUUUCCGACGAUGCCCGCGCACGAGGUCGUCCAGCGCCCCGGCGAUUUCCUCUACCUGCCGACCUAUUACUUGCACUACAUCGUGAGCAUCGACACGAACUACCAGUGCAACACGCGGAGCGGGCGCGACGAUAGGCAAUUGAAGGUCGUAAACAAGUGCACGCCCGGCUUCGAGAAGCAGGCGUCUCCGCCGCGCCGCGGAAAGAAGCCGUGGCCGAGCCGGGGGAAGUUCUAGUAAGGGUCGUUGUGACGAA